GUCAAACAAACGCAAAUAACACCAAUUAUGUGAAAAGAAAAAGAAGAAGACGACUAUUAUUUAUGAAUAUACAUUUUACAUCCUUAUUUUAAUAUGUGUGAACAAGAAUAGUUCUUGUUGAUUGUGCGUGUUAAUGUCAAGCCAAACGAAGUUAAUUCUAAAAACACAUUGUUGUUGCCGACACUGACGCAUAUUCCAAAGGCGAUAAGCAGGACGCUGAAAUAAAACGUCAGAAGAAUGUGUUAAUUUUAUCAAUAUAGGAAGAAAACACAAGUUUAGGGACGAACGGUAGUUCACCUGACUUACGAUCGUUAAACUGCGGUUUUUCUUUUUUGGUUUGUUUGCCAAUAUGAAUAGUUUAAAGGGUUCCGACGUUCGAGAAUUGCACCGGCCUAAGCAUAAUAAGAAAUUAAAUCGUUACAAAGCGACUUUAAAAUUUCUUAAUACUCCGGAAAAGUUAGAAGAACGCAGCAGGAUUCACGAAAGUCUCAAGAAUUGUAAACCAGGAGAGGAAUUGCAGAGUAUUUUCAAAAUAUUGUCGAUAGAUCACGAAUGCUUGGAACUAAUUUUCGUCCGGAUACGAAACUGCUUAGCAAAAGAGUUAAAAACAUUAACAGAUCAAUUGAAAAUUUUUGCUUUUGGUUCCAUAGCCACUAAUUUGGCACUGAGAGAUUGUGAUAUUGACGUCUAUAUAGAUGUUUCAUCUGUGCAGUUGCAAAGUACUGAGAGCCGACGCAGCCAGCAAAAGUGCGAUCCCCUUAAUCGCAAAAUCUUCAAUCGUGUAUAUAGAGUUUUAAUUAACAGCAAACAUUUCUUGGAUGUUCUUGCGAUCCGUAGUGCCAGGGUGCCUAUUGUCAAAUGCAAACAUAAAGACACGGGUUUCAGCGUUGAUAUUAACCUAAGUUGCCCUAGUAGCGUAGACAGCACUCGCUUUCUGCAGGCUUUAGUUCGUACUGACGUUCGUAUACACUUCCUGCUGUUAUUUUUGAAAAUAUGGGCUAAACAUAUGCAAAUUGUGAAAUACGGUAAUAUGAGCAGCUAUUGUCUAAUCAUAUUGGCGAUAUUCUAUUUGCAACAGCCUCUAGAGAAUUACAACAAUCUGGCAAUUUUAUUGCCAAUAAAGAAAUUGCAAGCAAAUUGCAACGAGCAUCUCGUGCAAGGUGUAAAUUAUGCUUUUGAUAUGGAAAGUAAUGAAAACAAACCUUGCCUACCCCCCUCCAUAACCACCUUUGAAUUAAUCAAAGGUUUUUUUGGUUUUUAUAAAAGUUGUGACUUAUCUUCUGUUGUAUUGUCACCUUAUUUGGGCAGCGCAAUUCCCCGUAACGAUUUCGUCAAUGACAGCAUUAACUUCUUCGAGUAUCAGAAUCAGUUGCUUACUACGAGUCAAUAUUUUAAUAAAGAUCCUGAACAACUUCGAAUUGAUACUCGUCUUUGCGUUCAAGAUCCAUUCUGUCUUACUCAGAAUGUGGCAAAAUCUAUAAACGGGACUAAUACAGAAUAUUUUGAAUAUUGCCUGGCUAAUGUUUUUAGUGUUUGUCAGAACAACGAUAACAUGAUAGAAUUGUACGAGAAACUCAUCUUCGAUUUACACGAUCCGUUUGAAAUCUUACCAAUGAAAGUAAACGAAACCAAACAUGUUGAGCUAAGCGAAGAAGACUUGAAUGGCAAAUCGGAAAAACCACAACAGCUUGAUAACGAGAAGCAACAGCAUGUUAGCUUUGUAUUCACCCCCAGUCGCAACGAUAUUAAAGCUAUAAUUGCGCAUAAAGACUAUUCACAGAGUUUGGACGAUAAUCUGCAAAUCUUUAAAUAUUGGUCCAAGUGUUAUACCAAAGCAGUUGAAAUUAUACUUUCGCAAUUGUAUCGUUUAGAACUCAACGAAAAUUCAACGCAGCAAGAAGAAAACCGAUCACCGAUCAAGGACAGUGGCAAAUGCGAAGACAUAAAAUCAUGGUUCAUUUCGGGUUCGAUUGACUUAUGGACUAGCCGUUAUCAUCAGAAAACACACGAUCGAACAUUCAUGGAAUAUCAUAUGGAUCAAACUGAACGUUUAUACAAAGCCCGUGCUCAAAAUCCAUUAUACUCUGUGGAUAUCAAAGCUUUGCUAACUCUUACGGUAGCAAUGAAAUAUCAAAGCAUUGAAUUAAGGCUUCAUUUACCGAACGAUUCAUCAGAACUUAUUUUAAACAAAAAACAUCCGCUCAAACGUUUCUUUAACAUGUUGAAAUGCACAAUUGCAAAUUUUAGCCUUAAAGAAGCUUUACAAUCGUCAUUAAUUUCCUAA